AAUCAUGACAUCUGCUUUCUUGGGUCUUGGGUUGGGGUUUAAUUUCAAGGCUAAUUUUGAAUUAUUUGUACUUUUGGGUUUUGAGAAUUUUUUUCUUGUUGAUGGCUAGUUUUUAAAGGCAACUUUUCUAAGAGAUGAUGUUGUUGAGAGCAGCCCCCACUAAUCUUUUGAAUUUAUGUCGAAGAUCUUUCAUUUAUGUUUCAAAGGGAUAGGAGUGGUGAAUUUGAAACCCAUGGAAGGAGGCUCAAGACCAGCCAUAACUGAAAGGAGGCCAAGGCCACAUAUAGAACAAGCUUUGAACUGUCCAAGGUGCAAUUCAACUAACACAAAGUUUUGUUAUUACAACAAUUACAGUCUCACUCAACCAAGAUACUUCUGCAAGACUUGUAGAAGGUACUGGACUGAAGGUGGAUCUCUAAGAAAUGUUCCGGUAGGUGGAGGUUCAAGGAAGAACAAGGGAUCAGCAUCAUCAUCACCAGCUUCAUCAAAGAAGAUUCAUGAUCUGACCCCACCAAGUUUUUCUCAAAACCCUAAGAUCCAUGAUGGCCAAGACCUAAACCUAGCUUACCCACCAACUGCUAGUGAUUACAACAAUAGCAUCAACAACCCUAAUGCUACUACUGCUAAUUCAUCUCAUGUUUCAGCCAUGGAGCUUCUCAAGAGCACUGGAAUUGCUUCAAGGGGGCUGAGUUCGUUCUUGCCUCUGUCCAUCGCCGACACGAAUAAUACAAUCUACCCAUCUGGGUUCCCUGUGCAAGAAUUCAAGCCAAGCCUUAAUUUUUCACUAGAUGGGUUUGAAAAUGGGUAUGGAAGUUUGCAAGGGGUUCAAGAGACUGGUAGUAGUGCGAGGCUGUUUUUCCCAUUUGAGGACUUGAAGCAGACAUCAAACACAGCUGAAUUUGAGCAGAAUAGAGGAGGGCAAGGAGGAGGAGGAGAGGGUACUAGUGGGUAUUGGACUGGGAUGUUGGGUGGAGGGUCCUGGUGAGAAAAUAAUUGAAAAUGGCAAGCAAAAACACUUAAAAGAAAGUUGGUAUUUGGUGUUUCUUUUACUUCCACUUGGCGAUACUGGUAAGGUACUUCCUUGGGGUUUGAUCAUAAAACUAACAGAUAGGGUAAAUAAAUGAGUUUUUUUUUUUU